AUGCCCUUUCAUUCACCACGACAUUCCCACUCACAAUCUGAAUCCUCGCACCUCCACGACAAUUACUACUCCGCGACCAACGCAAUCUACGCGGCUGGGCAGUCACUAAAUUCGGUGGGCUCUCCCACCGUAGCGCAGUGGCCGCAACAGCAGCAGCAGCAAAAGCACAACCAGUACCCUCUCCAAGAACAGUACCAAUAUUCGACACAGCAUCCCAACGGCAAUGGUGGGAUGAGCAUACCAUAUCGAGCCGCUCCUCCUCCGAGCUCGUUCCCUGAGCCACACCCGUCCCAGUUCGUGCAGUCGCACUCGCGCAGGACGUCGGCGCUAGGCGGACAGGGACAAGACUUGUAUAUCCACACCCAGCCAGGUGGGAGCGCUAUGAGCGACGUACACCACUAUGGCGCUCCUCCAGCCUAUGCUGGCGACAACGUCGCAAUCAAUAUUCAACCCUCGACGCCUGGGCACCCUCCAAGCGGCUCGAUGCCCGGAUCUCUUCAGCCCGGACAAGGCAACAGACCCGCCAUGCUGAGCAAUGCGAAUACGGCCCCUCAGAUACCGACGCUACCCAAUCUACCACAAAUAGCGACGCAGAUGCAGCAGCAACAGCAGCAAAGGCCCGCGACCAUGAAUCACUCGCACAGCUACUCCCGAUCGAGUCCGGGCUUGAUGGAGCAGACCAAAUACAAGCCCUUCACGAAUACGCCUGAGCAGAACAAAUACAACUCACCGACAUCGUACGGUCCACAAACCCCUCAAGGGCCUCCCUCGUACUCGCCACUGGGACUGGCAGACAUCCGACCACGUGCCGAUACAACACUAUCGGACACGACGCCGUACACGCCAGCGUUAACGACUGAUACCGAUAUCAUGCAGUACCCUACGAACAGCAAUUAUGUUGCUCAGUGGCCUAUAUAUGCCGUAGACUGGUGCAAAUGGCCGCCUCGGAGCAACUCUUCGUCCGCUGGCAAGAUUGCCAUAGGCAGCUAUCUGGAGGAUGGACACAAUUACAUCCAAGUCCUGGAUGCCGCCAUCACGAGUUCAGAUCCUGAGCCAGGCUUUGAGUUCGUCAAGACUGCCGAAGCUACACAUGCCUAUCCUGUCACCAGAAUACUUUGGGAGCCGCCGUCAUCGAACAAGCAGACCACCGAUCUCCUGGCAACGUCUGGCGAUCAUUUACGGUUAUGGUCAUUACCAGCCGAUCCCACUGCUGCGUACAUGUCCAGCUCGAUAACGCGGAAAGAAAAUCAGUUGCCCGUGCAAAAGCUUUCACCUCUCGCUCUGCUCUCGAAUUCCAAGUCUCCCGAACAUACGGCGCCAAUCACGAGCUUAGACUGGAAUGUUGUUCAGCCUUCUCUCAUCAUCACUUCUUCGAUAGACACGACCUGUACAAUAUGGGAUAUCCCGACCUUGACGGCCAAGACGCAACUGAUUGCACAUGACAAGGAGGUGUAUGACGUAAGAUUCUGCGCCCAAAGUGUGGACGUUUUUGUGUCAUGUGGCGCCGACGGAAGCGUGCGAAUGUUCGACCUGAGAUCACUGGAGCAUAGCACCAUAAUUUACGAGCCGUCAGAAAAACAGGACUCGAAGAAUUCGUCACUCUCCCCAUCAAACAACCAAUCCAACAAUCCACAAGCAUCGGCCUCGCCAACUCGAGGUGGUAGCGAAGCAUCAAAAACCCUCACGAACCCCCCUCCACUCCUCCGCAUAGCGGCUUCGCCUCACGACGCCCACCUCCUCGCCACCUUCUCUGCCGACUCCUCCGUAAUCCGCGUCCUAGACGUCCGGCAACCAGGACAAGCCCUCCUUGAGCUCAAAGGACAUUCAGCUAGUGUGAACUGCAUCGAGUGGUCCAGCACCCAAAGAGGCGUUCUGAGCAGUGGUGGUGACGAUUGCUGUGUAUUGCUGUGGGAUCUGAUGAGUGCGGCUUCGGGCAGUGUGAAUGGACCUACAUCCGUCAGCGGAGCACCCGGCACUUCUGCUUCUGGCUCUGCGACUGCCCCUGCAGCGGGUGGCGCAGCAGCUACGAGCAGCGGGACAGGCCAAGAAAGGGGACCGAGCGCAACUUGGGAGUGUGGCUUCGAGGUCAGCAACUUGAGCUGGGCGCCGAGUCAUGGCGCGUUGGGCGUUGCUGGCGGGAGAGGCUUCUGGGGUGUCCAGCUGUGA